AGCAGCAGCGCCCGGGAGGCGAGCGAGAGCGACGGCGGAGCGCUAUGGCUGAAGCGGGCGAAGGCGAGGACGAGAUCCAGUUCCUGCGAACUGAUGAUGAAGUGGUUCUGCAGUGCACUGCUACUGUUCACAAAGAACAACAGAAAUUGUGCCUUGCCGCAGAAGGAUUUGGCAACAGGCUCUGCUUCUUGGAAUCCACUUCAAAUUCUAAGAAUGUUCCUCCGGAUCUCUCCAUCUGCACUUUUGUGCUGGAACAGUCCUUGUCCGUGCGCGCCCUCCAGGAAAUGCUGGCCAACACUGAGGAGAAAGCAGAAGGGCUAGUUGAUGUGGAAAAAUGGAAAUUUAUGAUGAAGACUGCUCAAGGUGGUGGCCAUCGAACGCUCCUCUAUGGACAUGCAAUAUUGCUGCGCCAUUCAUACAGUGGUAUGUACCUGUGUUGUCUCUCCACCUCAAGAACAUCAAUGGACAAACUAGCAUUUGAUGUAGGCUUGCAAGAAGAUACCACAGGUGAGGCCUGCUGGUGGACAAUACACCCUGCUUCCAAACAGCGUUCUGAAGGAGAAAAAGUACGUGUUGGGGAUGAUCUCAUCCUAGUUAGUGUCUCAUCAGAAAGGUACUUGCAUUUGUCUUAUGGUAAUGGCAGCUUGCGAGUUGAUGCAGCUUUCCAGCAAACACUGUGGAGUGUAGCCCCCAUCAGUUCAGGAAGUGAAGCAGCUCAAGGUUACCUGAUAGGAGGUGAUGUACUGCGGUUGUUACAUGGUCACAUGGAUGAAUGUUUGACUGUCCCUUCAGGAGAGCAUGGAGAAGAGCAAAGAAGAACAGUCCAUUACGAGGGUGGAGCCGUGUCGAUUCAUGCUCGUUCUCUUUGGCGAUUGGAGACUUUGAGAGUUGCGUGGAGUGGAAGUCACAUUAGAUGGGGCCAGCCGUUCCGAUUAAGGCAUAUAACAACAGGGAAGUAUUUGAGCCUGAUGGAUGACAAGAGCCUUCUUCUAACAGACAAAGAGAAAGCUGAUGUGAAAUCUACAGCGUUUUGUUUUCGGUCUUCCAAGGAAAAAUUGGAUGUGGGUAUAAGAAAAGACGUGGAUGGAAUGGGAGCACCUGAGAUAAAGUACGGAGACUCGGUCUGCUUCAUACAGCAUGUUGACACUGGAUUGUGGCUCACGUACCAGUCAGUGGAUGCGAAGUCUGUAAGAAUGGGGUCUGUGCAACGCAAGGCUAUCAUGCACCAUGAAGGCCAUAUGGAUGAUGGUCUAACAUUGUCCAGAUCUCAGCAUGAAGAGUCACGUACUGCACGAGUAAUCCGUAGUACCGUCUUCCUUUUCAACAGGUUCAUAAGGGGCCUUGAUGAUCUCAGCAAGAAAGCAAAGUCUUCCACAGUUGACUUACCCAUUGAGUCAGUCAGCCUUAGCCUCCAGGACUUGAUUGGAUACUUCCAUCCACCUGAUGAGCAUCUAGAGCACGAGGACAAGCAGAACCGCUUAAGAGCACUGAAGAAUCGGCAGAAUCUCUUCCAGGAAGAGGGUAUGAUCAACUUGGUGCUUGAAUGCAUUGAUCGCUUACAUGUAUACAGCAGUGCAGCUCAUUUUGCUGAUGUAGCUGGGAAGGAGGCGGGAGAGACUUGGAAAUCUAUCCUAAACUCAUUGUAUGAAUUACUAGCUGCUUUGAUUAGAGGGAAUCGUAAAAAUUGUGCCCAGUUUUCUGGCUCUCUUGAUUGGCUCAUUAGUAGAUUGGAGAGACUGGAAGCUUCUUCUGGCAUUCUUGAGGUUUUGCACUGUGUGUUGGUAGAAAGUCCAGAAGCUUUAAAUAUUAUUAAAGAAGGACAUAUUAAAUCAAUUAUAUGCCUUUUGGACAAACAUGGAAGAAACCAUAAGGUGUUAGAUGUUUUAUGCUCUCUCUGUGUGUGCCAUGGAGUAGCUGUACGGUCUAAUCAGCAUUUGAUCUGUGACAAUCUUCUGCCAGGACGAGAUCUCCUUCUCCAGACACGUCUUGUCAACCAUGUGAGCAGUAUGAGACCCAAUAUUUUCCUUGGAAUCAGUGAGGGCUCUGCUCAGUAUAGAAAAUGGUAUUAUGAGCUAAUGGUUGACCAUGUGGGACCAUUUACGACAGCCGAAGCUACUCACCUUCGUGUGGGCUGGGCUUCAACAGAAGGCUAUUCACCAUACCCUGUGGGAGGAGAAGAAUGGGGAGGAAAUGGUGUUGGUGAUGACCUGUAUUCCUAUAGUUUUGAUGGACUUCAUCUGUGGUCAGGUUGUGUAGCAAGAUCUGUGAAUUCUCCCAACCAGCAUCUGUUAAGGACUGAUGAUGUAAUCAGCUGCUGCCUUGAUCUGAGUGCUCCAAGCAUUUCAUUCCGGAUAAAUGGACAGCCAGUCCAGGGGAUGUUUGAGAAUUUCAAUACAGAUGGCCUAUUCUUUCCAGUUGUCAGCUUCUCUGCAGGGAUAAAGGUACGUUUUUUGCUUGGAGGCCGCCAUGGGGAAUUUAAAUUCCUUCCACCUCCAGGAUAUGCUCCUUGUUUUGAAGCUAUUCUGCCAAAAGAGAAAUUGAAAGUGGAACACAGCAGAGAAUACAAACAGGAUCGGAAUUCCACAAGAGACCUUCUGGGCCCAAAUGUAUCUCUAUCCCAAGCAGCUUUCACUCCAGUACCUGUAGAUACUAGUCAGAUUGUAUUACCUCCACAUCUGGAAAGAAUUAGGGAAAAACUAGCUGAAAAUAUCCACGAACUUUGGGUUAUGAAUAAAAUUGAACUUGGAUGGCAGUAUGGUCCUGUUAGAGAUGACAACAAGCGGCAGCAUCCAUGUUUGGUGGAGUUUGCAAAACUGCCAGAACAAGAGCGAAAUUAUAAUCUCCAAAUGUCACUAGAAACACUAAAAACACUGCUGGCGCUGGGUUGUCAUGUUGGGAUUGCUGAUGAGCAUGCUGAGGAAAAAGUGAAGCAACUAAAACUUCCAAAGAAUUAUCUAUUGUCUAGUGGAUACAAGCCUGCUCCUAUGGAUCUGAGUUGUAUCAAACUGACCCCUUCUCAGGAAGCUAUGGUUGAUAAACUUGCAGAGAAUGCUCACAAUGUAUGGGCAAGGGAUCGUAUCAGGCAGGGUUGGACAUAUGGAAUCCAGCAGGAUGUGAAGAACCGCCGAAACCCCCGACUUGUGCCCUAUGCCCUUCUUGAUGAUCGCACCAAGAAAUCAAACAAAGACAGUCUCCGGGAAGCAGUUCGUACCCUAAUUGGCUAUGGUUAUAACCUUGAGGCUCCUGAUCAAGACCAUGCUGCAAGACCAGAUGUAUUCUGUGGUAUGAUGGAAAGGUUUAGGAUCUUCCGCACAGAGAAGACAUAUGCAGUGAAAACAGGAAAGUGGUAUUUUGAGUUUGAAGUAGUGACCUCUGGAGACAUGAGGGUUGGUUGGGCCAAGCCAGGUUGUCAACCGGAUCAAGAGCUUGGAUCAGAUGAACAAGCAUUUGUUUUUGAUGGAUUCAAGGCUCAACGGUGGCACCAGGGAAAUGAGCAUUUUGGUCGUUCUUGGCUGACAGGGGAUAUUGUAGGUUGUAUGGUUGACUUGAAUGAGCGCACCAUGAUGUUCACUCUGAAUGGAGAAAUCCUUCUUGAUGACUCAGGUUCCGAGCUAGCAUUCAAGGACUUUGAGGUUGGUGAUGGCUUUAUACCUGCAUGUAGCCUGGGAUUAUCACAAGUGGGCAGAAUGAACUUUGGCAAAGAAGUGAGCACCUUGAAAUAUUUCACUAUUUGUGGUUUACAAGAAGGCUACGAACCAUUUGCGGUGAAUACAAACAGGGACAUCACCAUAUGGCUGAGCAAGAGACUACCUCAGUUUCUCCCAGUACCACCAAAUCAUGAACAUAUUGAGGUUACAAGAAUAGAUGGUACUGCAGACAGCUCCCCAUGCUUGAAGGUCACACAGAAGUCCUUUGGGUCUCAGAAUAGUAAAACAGAAAUCAUGUUCUAUCGGCUCAGCAUGCCUAUUGAGUGUGCAGAAGUAUUCUCUAAAAUGCCUGGAGGAGGAGUGCCCAGUUCCGGCCGUCUUGCACCAAAGAAUGACUUGGAUGAUUAUGAUGCAGAUUCUGACUUUGAAGUUCUUAUGAAGACUGCUCAUGGUCACCUCGUACCUGAUCGUAUAGAAAAAGAAGCUGUAAAAUCAGAGUUCAAUAACCAUAAAGACUACACACAAGAGAAACCUUCACGCCUCAAGCAAAGAUUUAUGCUGAGAAGGACGAAGCCAGACUACAGCUCAAGCCACUCUGCGAGGCUCACUGAAGAUGUCCUAGCAGAUGAAAGAGAUGAUUAUGAUUACUUAAUGCAAACAUCUACAUAUUAUUAUUCUGUGCGCAUCUUUCCUGGACAAGAACCUGCUAAUGUCUGGGUGGGCUGGAUUACAUCUGACUUCCAUCAGUAUGACACAAGCUUUGAUUUGGAUAGUCGUACUGUUACUGUAACCCUAGGAGAUGAAAAGGGAAAGUUCAUGAGAGGUGCCCAUGUGUACACUGGAGCCCGAGGGAGUUUGAGAUAUUGGUUUGCAACAUUCAGCUUCCACAGUAUCUCAUAUGCUGUUCAUCUUUUGAAAUACAGCAUCAAACGCAGCAACUGCUAUAUGGUAUGCGCUGGUGAGAGCAUGAGUCCCGGGCAAGGACGCAAUAACAAUGGGCUCGAGAUUGGCUGUUCGGUUGAUGCUGCAACUGGUGUCCUGUCCUUCACAGCUAAUGGCAAAGAGCUAAGCACCUAUUAUCAGGUUGAACCAAGCACUAAAUUAUUUCCUGCAGUAUUUGCACAAGCCACAAGCCCCAGUUUCCAAUUUGAAUUGGGAAGAAUAAAGAAUGUAAUGCCAUUGUCAGCUGGCCUGUUCAAAAGUGAGCACAAAAACCCAGUCCCCCAGUGCCCUCCCCGUCUGCAUGUUCAGUUUCUGACACAUGUGCUUUGGAGUAGAGUACCAAACCACUUUCUGAAAGUUGACAUAUCACGGAUCAGUGAACGUCAAGGCUGGUCAGUACAGUGCCUGGAGCCUUUGCAGUUCAUGUCCCUUCACAUCCCAGAGGAAAACAGGUCUAUAGACAUUUUAGAAUUGUCAGAACAAGAAGAAUUGUUGAAAUUCCACUACCAUACUCUCAGACUGUACUCAGGUUGUGCUCUUGGGAAUAAUCGAGUAGCGCAUGCCAUGUGCAGCCAUGUGGAUGAGUCUCAGCUUCUUUAUGCAAUUGAGAACAAGUAUAUGCCGGGCUUGUUACGUGCCGGCUAUUAUGACCUUCUAAUUGACAUUCAUCUUAAUACGUACGCUACUGCAAGGCUGAUGAUGAACAAUGAAUUUAUUGUUCCCAUGACAGAUGAGACUAAGAGCAUUACUCUGUUCCCUGAUGAAAACAAAAAGCAUGGCCUACCUGGCAUAGGACUCAGCACUUCCCUACGGCCCAGAAUGCAGUUUUCCUCUCAGUUUGUAACAAUCAACAACGAGUGUUAUCAGUACAGUCCUGAAUUUCCUCUGGAAAUAUUGAAGACUAAAACCAUAGAGAUGCUGACGGAGGCAGUUCAAGAGGGCAGCCUCCAUGUCAGAGAUCCAGUAGGUGGAACUACAGAGUUUCUCUUCGUUCCUUUGAUCAAGCUUUUUUACACUCUUCUCAUAAUGGGGAUCUUCCAUAAUGGAGACCUGAAGCAUAUCUUGCAGCUGAUUGAACCUAGUGUUUUUAAGGAAGACACAGUCCAUGAGGACGAAACACGAGUAAUAAAAAAAGAAUUAAUUGCUGAUGGACUGAAUUUGGAGAUAGGAGGAGAGAAGGUCCCAGAAGAAGGACUCCUCCAAAUGAAACUUCCUGAGCCAGUGAAAUUGCAGAUGUGUCAUUUACUUCAGUACCUUUGUGACUGUCAGAUACGCCAUCGGAUAGAAGCUAUUGUAGCAUUUCAGAUAUUUGUAUUUAAACUUCAAGAGAACCAGCGUUUCCGAUACAAUGAGGUUAUGCAGGUUAAUAUGUCUGCAGCACUGACAGCCAAGAAAACAAAGGAGUUUCGGUCUCCACCACAGGAACAGAUUAAUAUGCUGCUGAAUUUUAAGGAUGAUAAUGAUUGCCCUUGUCCUGAAGAAAUAAGGGAUCACCUCUUGGAUUUUCAUGAAGAUUUGAUGGCACACUGUGGAAUUCAGUUAGAUGAAGAUGGAAUUCUGGAUGGAAAUAGUGAUUUAACUCUUAAAGGUCGCCUGCUAUAUCUUGUGGAAAGAGUCACACACUUAAAAAAGAAACAAGCUGAGAAGCCCAUUGACGAUGAUGCUAAAAGCCAUGUAACAACUCUCCAACAGCUGAUCUCAGAGACCAUGGUACGAUGGGCUCAAGAAUCAGUCAUAGAAGACCCAGAGUUGGUGAGGGCCAUGUUCGUUUUGCUACAUCGCCAGUAUGAUGGAGUUGGUGGCCUGGUUCGAGCCUUGCCAAAGACAUACACUAUAAAUGGCGUAUCUGUGGAAGAUACAAUCAGCUCUGCUUCUCUUGGUCAGAUCCGUUCUCUCCUCAGCGUCAGAAUGGGCAAGGAAGAAGAGAAGCUUAUGAUUCGUGGACUAGGGGAUAUAAUGAACAAUAAAGUUUUUUACCAACAUCCCAAUCUUAUGAGAGCAUUGGGUAUGCAUGAGACUGUGAUGGAGGUAAUGGUGAAUGUACUUGGAGGAGAGAGUCAAAGUAGUGAGCACAUGGUUCUCCUUAGCUUGGAAAUCACCUUUCCUAAGAUGGGCAAUUGCUGUCGUUUUCUAUGUUAUUUUUGCCGCAUCAGCAGGCAGAAUCAAAAGGCUAUGUUUGAUCAUCUUAGCUAUCUUUUGGAAAAUAGCAGUGUUGGGCUUGCAUCCCCUUCUAUGCGUGGGUCAACUCCUUUGGAUGUUGCAGCAGCAUCUGUAAUGGAUAAUAAUGAGCUUGCACUAGCUUUGCGGGAACCUGAUCUAGAAAGAAUUGUAGAGUAGUCCGCUACUUGCUGGAUGUGGUUGCAAAGCUGCUCAUUGCUGAUUUCUAAAGUCCCAGAUAUUGGAUGGAACCCAGUGGAAGGAGAACGAUACUUGGAUUUCUUGUUUUGCUGUUUUUGCAAUGGAGAGAGCGUUGAAGAGAAUGCCAAUGUGGUGGUAAGACUGCUCAUUCGACGUCCUGAAUGUUUUGGACCAGCACUGAGAGGAGAAGGUGGAAAUGGCCUGCUUGCUGCCAUGGAGGAAGCCAUAAACAUAUCAGAAGACCCAAGAGAUGGACCUUCACCAAGUAGCGGAUCCAAUAAAACACUAAGUGAGGUGGAAGAAGAAGAUGAUACCAUUCACAUGGGAAAUGCCAUCAUGAUUUAUGCUGCUUUGAUUGAUCUCCUAGGACGUUGCGCUCCAGAAAUGCAUCUAAUCCAUGCUGCCAAAGGGGAAGCAAUUAGAAUAAGAUCCACUCGGUCUUUGAUUCCUUUGGAAGAUUUGGUGGGCGUGAUUAGCAUUCCUUUCCACAUGCCAACAAUAGCGAAAGAUGGUACUGUGGGUGGACCUGAUAUGUCAGAGGGGUUUUGCCCAGACCACAAGGCAGCCAUGGUCUUGUUCCUUGACAGGGUCUAUGGGAUUGAAGACCAGGAUUUUCUUUUACACCUUCUUGAAGUUGGAUUUCUGCCAGAUCUUCGUGCUGCUGCUUCAUUAGAUACGGUUGCUCUGAGUGCUACAGAUAUGGCCCUGGCUCUCAAUCGGUACCUCUGCACUGCUGUUUUGCCUUUAUUAACUAGAUGUGCUCCUCUUUUUGCUGGCACAGAACACCAUGCUUCCCUUAUAGAUUCCUUGCUACAUACUGUGUACCGACUUUCCAAGGGCUGCUCUCUUACCAAAGCUCAACGGGACUCUAUUGAAGAGUGCCUACUCUCCAUAUGUGGUCAGCUGAGGCCUUCAAUGAUGCAACAUUUGUUGAGAAGAUUAGUGUUUGAUAUUCCACUGCUAAAUGAGCAUGCAAAGAUGCCUCUUAAGUUGCUGACAAAUCAUUAUGAAAGAUGUUGGAAGUAUUACUGUUUACCAGGAGGAUGGGGCAACUUUGGUGCUGCUUCAGAAGAAGAACUUCAUUUGUCCAGGAAGUUGUUCUGGGGUAUUUUUGAUGCCUUAUCUCAAAAGAAAUAUGAACAGGAAUUAUUCAAACUGGCUUUGCCGUGCCUGAGUGCAGUGGCUGGGGCUUUACCUCCUGAUUACAUGGAAUCAAACUAUGUGGGUGUGAUGGAAAAGCAAGCUUCCAUGGAUUCAGAUGGGAACUUUAAUCAACCUGUUGAUACUUCAAACAUUACAAUUCCUGAAAAGCUAGACUACUUUAUUAACAAAUAUGCAGAACAUUCCCAUGAUAAAUGGUGCAUGGAAAAGUUUGCAAAUGGGUGGAUAUAUGGUGAAACAUACUCAGAAUCUUCCAAAGUGCAGCCAUUAAUGAAACAAUAUAAACUGUUAGCAGAAAAGGAGAAAGAAAUUUACAGAUGGCCAAUCAAGGAGUCCUUGAAAACCAUGCUUGCUUGGGGAUGGCGGGUUGAAAGAACAAGGGAAGGAGAUACUAUGGCUCUUUAUAACAGGCCACGCCGAAUAUCACAGACAAGUCAGGUUUCUGUAGAUACUGUCCAUGGUUAUAGCCCUCGUGCAAUUGACAUGAGUAAUGUUACCCUCUCCAGAGAACUGCAUGCUAUGGCUGAAAUGAUGGCUGAAAACUAUCACAAUAUAUGGGCAAAGAAAAAGAAGAUGGAGCUUGAAGCAAAAGUGGGAGGAGGAAACCAUCCCUUACUUGUUCCAUAUGAUACACUGACAGCCAAAGAAAAGGCCAAGGAUAGAGAGAAAGCACAAGAUAUCCUGAAGUUCCUACAGAUCAAUGGAUAUGUGGUCUCGAGAGGUCUAAAGGAUCUAGAAUUAGACACGCCUUCUAUCGAGAAACGAUUUGCUUACAGUUUUCUUCAGCAGCUGAUAAGAUAUGUGGAUGAAGCCCAUCAGUACAUUCUGGAGUUUGAUGGUGGCGGCAGAGGCAAAGGAGAACAAUUUCCUUAUGAACAAGAAAUCAAGUUCUUUGCUAAAGUUGUACUUCCUUUAAUCGACCAGUAUUUUAAGAACCAUCGCCUGUAUUUCCUAUCUGCUGCAAGUAGGCCUCUUAGCAGUGGGGGGCAUGCCUCAAAUAAGGAGAAAGAAAUGGUGACAAGCCUAUUCUGCAAACUUGGAGUUCUUGUCAGGCAUAGGAUUUCACUGUUUGGAAAUGAUGCGACUUCAAUAGUCAAUUGUCUGCAUAUCUUGGGACAGACCUUGGAUGCAAGGACAGUGAUGAAGACAGGACUGGAGUCUGUUAAGAUGGCUUUGAGGACAUUUUUGGAUAAUGCUGCAGAGGACCUGGAGAAGACAAUGGAGAAUCUUAAGCAAGGGCAGUUUACGCACACUAGGAGUCAGCCGAAAGGAGUGACACAAAUAAUUAACUAUACCACUAUGGCUCUUCUGCCAGUGCUAUCUUCAUUAUUUGAACACAUUGGACAGCAUCAAUUUGGAGAAGAUUUAAUAUUGGAAGAUGUUCAAGUCUCUUGUUACAGAAUAUUGGUCAGCUUGUAUGCUCUGGGGACAAGCAAGAGUAUCUAUGUGGAGCGGCAGCGCUCAGCUUUAGGUGAAUGCCUAGCUGCUUUUGCUGGUGCCUUUCCUGUGGCAUUCUUAGAAACUCAUCUGAACCAUCACAACACACAUUCUAUUUACAACACCAAGACUACAAGAGAUAGAACAGGUCUUAGCUUACCAAACAGUGUAGAAGAACUUUCUCCAAACAUUCCUUCUCUGGAGAAGCUAAUGGAAGAAAUUGUGGAAUUAGCUGAAUCUGGAAUUCGCUACACACAAAUGCCUCAUGUAAUGGAAGUUGUACUGCCUAUGCUCUGUAGCUACAUGUCACACUGGUGGGAACAUGGACCAGAAAGCAAUCCUGACAAUAGUGAAAUGUGCUGCACAGCUUUGACUUCAGAUCACAUGAAUACCCUUCUAGGAAACAUACUGAAAAUCAUUCAUAAUAAUUUGGGCAUAGAUGAGGGAGCCUGGAUGAAGAAAUUAGCAGUGUUUUCUCAGCCUAUCAUAAGCAAAGUGAAGCCUCAGCUCCUGAAAACGCAUUUUCUGCCACUGAUGGAGAAACUGAAGAAGAAAGCUGCAAUGGUUAUAUCCGAUGAAGAACAUUUAAGAGCAGAAGGCCGAGGAGAUAUGUCUGAGGCAGAACUCCUCAUUCUAGAUGAGUUCACAAUAUUGGCACGGGACCUUUACGCCUUCUACCCAUUGUUGAUUAGAUUUGUGGACUACAACAGAGCAAAGUGGCUAAAAGAACCUAAUCCAGAGGCAGAGGACCUGUUUCGUAUGGUUGCUGAUGUAUUCAUUUACUGGUCAAAAUCCCAUAAUUUUAAAAGGGAAGAACAAAAUUUUGUUGUGCAGAAUGAAAUCAACAACAUGUCUUUCCUUAUUACUGAUACAAAGUCGAAGAUGUCCAAGGCAGCUGUUUCUGAUCAGGAAAGGAAAAAAAUGAAGCGGAGAGGUGAUCGUUAUUCAACACAGACUUCCCUUAUUGUGGCAGCUUUAAAAAGACUUCUGCCUGUUGGGCUAAAUAUUUGUGCCCCUGGUGACCAAGAACUAAUUGCACUGGCAAAAAACAGAUUAAGUAUGAAAGACACAGAAGAUGAAGUUCGAGAUAUUAUACGUAAUAACCUUCACUUACAGGGCAAGCUUGAAGAUCCUGCCAUUAGGUGGCAGGUUGCUCUUUACAAAGAUCUACCAAACAGGACUGAAGUUACUUCAGAUCCAGAGAAGACGGUGGAAAGGGUCCUGGAUAUAGCUAGUGUACUUUUUCAUCUGGAACAGGUUGAGCAUCCUCAGAGAUCAAAAAAAGCAGUAUGGCAUAAACUUCUAUCUAAACAGAGAAAAAGAGCAGUGGUAGCUUGCUUCAGAAUGGCACCACUAUAUAAUCUUCCACGGCAUCGAGCUGUCAAUCUCUUUCUUCAAGGAUAUGACAAGUCGUGGGUGGAAACAGAAGACCACUACUUUGAAGACACGCUGAUAGAAGAUUUAGCAAAACCUGGAGAAGAACCACCAGAAGAAGAUGAAUGUAUUAAGAGAGUUGAUCCUUUGCACCAGCUUAUUUUACUCUUCAGUCGAACAGCAUUAACUGAAAAAUGUAAGCUGGAAGAAGAUUAUCUUUAUAUGGCAUAUGCUGAUAUAAUGGCAAAGAGCUGCCAUGAAGAAGAUGAUGAUAAUGAAGAGGAAGUCAAGAGUUUUGAAGAAAAAGAAAUGGAAAAGCAAAAACUCCUGUACCAGCAAGCAAGACUGCAUGAUCGAGGAGCUGCUGAAAUGGUCCUUCAGACAAUUAGUGCCUGUAAAGGUGAGAUGGGUCCAAUGGUUGCAGCCACCCUAAAACUUGGGAUUGCCAUCUUGAAUGGAGGAAAUUCUACUGUUCAGCAGAAAAUGCUUGACUACCUCAAGGACAAAAAGGAUGUAGGCUUCUUUCAGAGCCUUGCUGGUCUUAUGCAGUCUUGUAGUGUUCUUGACCUAAAUGCUUUUGAACGCCAGAACAAAGCAGAGGGCCUUGGCAUGGUAACAGAAGAAGGAUCAGGAGAAAAAGUGAUGCAAGAUGAUGAAUUUACUUGUGACCUCUUCCGGUUCCUCCAGUUGCUUUGCGAGGGGCACAACUCAGAUUUUCAGAAUUACUUGAGGACUCAGACUGGUAACAAUACAACUGUCAAUAAUAUAUCUACUGUGGAUUAUUUACUGAGAGUUCAGGAAUCAAUUAGUGAUUUCUAUUGGUAUUACUCUGGAAAGGAUGUUAUUGAUGAACAAGGACAACGUAAUUUCUCUAAAGCAAUUCAAGUUGCUAAGCAGGUUUUCAACACUCUUACAGAAUAUAUUCAGGGACCAUGUACGGGUAACCAGCAGAGUCUGGCGCAUAGCAGACUGUGGGACGCUGUUGUUGGUUUUCUUCAUGUAUUUGCCCAUAUGCAGAUGAAGCUUUCUCAGGAUUCUAGCCAAAUUGAAUUACUGAAAGAAUUAAUGGAUCUUCAGAAGGAUAUGGUGGUCAUGUUGUUAUCUAUGUUAGAAGGUAAUGUUGUGAAUGGCACAAUCGGCAAGCAGAUGGUUGACAUGCUAGUGGAAUCCUCCAACAAUGUAGAAAUGAUUUUAAAGUUUUUUGAUAUGUUCCUAAAACUGAAGGAUUUAACUUUCUCUGAUGCAUUCAAAGAAUAUGAUCCUGACGGAAAGGGUAUCAUUUCAAAAAGAGAUUUCCACAAAGCCAUGGAGAGCCACAAACACUACACUCAAUCUGAAACCGAGUUUUUGCUCUCAUGUGCUGAAACAGAUGAGAAUGAGACUUUGGACUAUGAAGAAUUUGUGAAACGGUUUCAUGAGCCAGCCAAGACAUCGGCUUCAUGUUGCUGUCCUCCUACAAACUUGUCAGAGCACAUGCCUCAUGACACUCGGUUGCAGACUUUUCUUGAACUGGCAGAUAGUGUUUUGAACUAUUUCCAGCCCUUCUUAGGGCGUAUAGAGAUAAUGGGUAGCGCAAAGCGCAUUGAACGAGUUUACUUUGAGAUAAGCGAAUCAAGUAGGACACAGUGGGAAAAACCUCAAGUUAAAGAAUCAAAGAGACAGUUUAUAUUUGAUGUAGUAAAUGAAGGAGGGGAAAAGGAAAAAAUGGAGCUUUUUGUUAAUUUUUGUGAGGACACCAUAUUUGAAAUGCAAUUGGCAGCUCAGAUCUCUGAAUCAGAUUUGAAUGAGAGGUCUGCAAAUAAAGAAGAAAAUGAGAACGAGAAACCUGAGGAGCGGGAUCCCAGAAUGGGCUUCUUCUCUCUAGUAACUGUUAAAUCAGCUUUAGUAGCUCUCAGGUAUAACAUAAUGACACUCAUGAAAGUGCUAAGCAUGAAAAGUAUCAAGAAGCAGAUGAAGAAGAUGAAGAAGAUGACCAUGAAAGACAUGGCAAUGGCUUUUUUCUCCUCAUAUUGGAGCAUUUUAAUGGGCUUAAUGCAUUUCGUAUCAAGUGUCUUCCGAGGCUUCUUUCAAAUCAUGUACAGUUUGCUGCUUGGAGGAAGCCUAGUUGAAGGGGCUAAGAAAAUCAAGGUAGCUGAACUCUUAGCCAACAUGCCUGACCCUACUCAAGAUGAGGUGCGUGGUGAAGGGGAAGAAGCAGAAAGAAAGCCAACAGAAGCUCCUCUCCCUGCAGAAGAUCUGACCGAUCUCAAAGCUUUGUCAGAAGAUACUGACCUCCUCUCUGACAUAUUUGGCUUGGAUUUAAAAAGAGAGGGAGGACAAUAUAAACUAAUCCCACAUAAUCCAAACGCAGGCCUAAGUGACUUGCUGAGCAGUCCUUCUUUACUCCCCUUACCUGAUGUGCAAGAAAAAAUACAGGACCAGAAGGUGAAUGAAGAUGAAAAGGAUGAGAAGGAAGAAACUAAAUUUGUACCUGAAAAAGCAGAGGGAGAAGAUGGAGAAAAGGAAGAGAAAGCAAAAGAAGAUAAAGCAAAGCAGAAACAGAGGCAGCGUCACAAACAUAGGCAUGGUGAACCAGAAACACAGGAAUCGGCCUUCUGGAAGAAAAUUAUUGCAUACCAGCAGAAACUUCUUAACUAUUUUGCUCGGAAUUUCUACAAUAUGAGGAUGCUGGCUUUGUUUGUUGCAUUUGCCAUUAAUUUCAUUCUGCUCUUCUAUAAGGUAACUCCUUCAAGUUUUCAUCCACUGAUGUCCUUCCUGGGUGAUCCCAGCAUAUCAACACAAUCUGAGCUGAAAACUGACAUUUUAGGAGCAAAAAAGGAGGUUCGUGUGGUUAAUAUUGCUGAAAACUCCAAGCUAAGCAGCUUAGAAAGUCCUUCCCAUAGAAUCAUCACAGUGCACUAUGUUCUUGAAGAAAGUAGCGGCUACAUGGAACCCACACUCCGCAUUUUAGCCAUUCUGCACACAGUCAUUUCCUUUUUCUGCAUCAUUGGAUAUUACUGUCUGAAAGUUCCGCUGGUUAUAUUUAAACGAGAAAAAGAAGUCGCACGGAAAUUAGAAUUUGAUGGGCUGUAUAUCACAGAACAGCCUUCAGAAGAUGAUAUUAAAGGGCAGUGGGAUAGACUUGUCAUCAACACACAAUCAUUUCCUAACAACUAUUGGGACAAGUUUGUAAAAAGAAAGGUUAUGGAUAAAUAUGGAGAGUUCUAUGGAAAGGACAGAAUCAGUGAAUUGCUGGGAAUGGACAAAGCUGCUCUGGAUUUCAGUGAUGCUAGAGAAAAAAAGAAACCCAAAAAAGACAGUUCUUUAUCAGCUGUACUGAAUUCUAUUGAUGUAAAGUAUCAGAUGUGGAAAUUAGGAGUUGUUUUCACUGAUAAUUCUUUUCUGUACCUCGCCUGGUAUAUGACCAUGUCAGUCCUUGGUCAUUACAACAACUUUUUCUUUGCUGCUCAUCUUCUUGAUAUAGCAAUGGGAUUCAAAACCUUGCGAACUAUUCUGUCAUCAGUAACUCACAAUGGCAAACAGCUUGUGCUCACAGUAGGAUUACUGGCAGUGGUAGUUUACCUGUACACAGUAGUCGCAUUUAAUUUUUUCCGCAAAUUCUACAAUAAGAGUGAAGAUGGAGAUAUGCCAGACAUGAAGUGUGAUGAUAUGCUAACGUGCUAUAUGUUUCACAUGUAUGUGGGAGUGCGUGCUGGUGGUGGAAUUGGUGAUGAAAUUGAAGAUCCAGCAGGCGAUGAAUAUGAAAUCUAUCGAAUCAUCUUUGAUAUUACGUUUUUCUUUUUUGUAAUAGUUAUUCUCCUCGCUAUCAUCCAAGGUUUAAUUAUUGAUGCAUUUGGAGAAUUAAGAGAUCAGCAAGAACAAGUUAAAGAAGACAUGGAGACCAAAUGCUUUAUUUGUGGGAUAGGUAAUGACUACUUUGACACAGUGCCCCGGUUUGAAACACAUACUCUACAGGAGCACAACUUGGCUAAUUAUCUGUAAAUUUUCCUGAUGUAUCUAAUAAAUAAAGAUGAAACCGAACAUACUGGACAGGAAUCCUACGUAUGGAAAAUGUAUCAAGAGCGAUGCUGGGAAUUUUUUCCUGCAGGCGACUGCUUUCGAAAGCAGUAUGAAGACCAGCUUAACUAAUUCUAGUUGAGGACUAUCUAUUGAGAAACCAUCCACACCUCUCUUGACUCCUUGGGAACAGUUAGCAGAUUUCCCAGAUCUAUUAAGCAGUGUGCUGUUUGGAGCACCAAAGCUUUUUUUUGAUGACUCAGCUGUCCUUUUUUCUUCUAUGUUUGCUUUGAGAACAAUGAGAACUUAACUCUGGGAAGAGAAGAAAAAAUAUCCCACACAACAAAUCCCCAUACAUAACAUGAACACAUGCACACAACAAGAGACUCGACAGCUUUUUCUCUCUGAGACUGCCUGAUGAUUCCCUUAACUAAGAGAACACACGUGGGGUAAUGUGAUAGCCACAUUCAUUCAAUCUAUUUAUUCAUCAUCCUGGAAGGACCUCUAUAGAUCACGGAGUGCUGUAAAGGAUUGUUGUGGACGCUAAGUUGUGGGGAAAUAGUGCCUUACUAUAUGUAGGUUGAGCUAUGCAGAAGAUGAGUGCAUGAUGACAUCUUAUUUUCUUUAUUUGUCCUCUCUUUCCUCCCAGUUAAUAUUUAUUUUGUCUUCUGGAGAGGGGGGGGGGAUUUGGCUGUGCACACCUUUUAAAUAAGACUAUGGCGUGUCUCAGGAUAAAAAGUAGUUUUUUUCUCAUUAAGCUCAGUUCACAGGUAUCUUCCUCUUUAUCUCUUACACUUUUUGGUAAUGCUCUGAUGCAACACUGCAACUUUAUGAAAUCUUUGUAUGAAAACAAAAAGACUGCAGAAAAAAACUUUAAAAAGAAUAAUUUCAUUGCAUGUUUAUUAUGCAAGUUAAAACAGCAAAAAGCAACCUUCUGAAGCAAGUUGAUCAACAUGAGAAAACAUUCACGAUAAUAUUCAUAGUAAUAAAGUGUUGUGGGCUUUAUUGUACAUUUGAAACCAGUGUCAUCAACCCACUAUGUAUAUGUUAUGAACUUGCCAGUAGUUUCGAUUUAUUUUCUUUUUGUUGUUGUUUUCCUUUUUGUUCAUUUUGCCAUUUGUGAACAUUAGUGGAAUUAAGGUUUUUCUUAGGUCAAUUUUUAAAAUCCAAGGUGAAGCAAUAUCCAUUCAGGGAUUUCAUUAUUUGCAUCAUGAAACACCAAUGAUGUGUACAUCACUCCAUUUUGAGUCCUUUUUUGAUUGUAAUGCCAGUCUUUACAAAUAAAAGGAGAGAUUUGGAAUGGAAGCAAGGUGCUUUUGCUGUCACUUGGCUUCUUUUUAACAGAG